AUGAUCUCGCUUUCCCAGGAACAUAUAGACCAUUUGAACCAGACCUUGGUCCAUCUCUCGCCCCAGGAGGUGCUCCAGUGGGCCGCCGUCACCUUCCCUAACUUAUACCAAACCACAGCGUUUGGCCUUACUGGCUUAGUAAUCCUUGAUAUGAUCUCCAAGACGAAACCAGUGGAUCUUAUCUUUAUUGACACCUUGCAUCAUUUCCCACAAACCUACGAGCUUGUGGAGAAGGUCCAGAAAAAGUACCUGCCCAAGCUUCAUAUCUACAAACCACUGGAAGUGGGAAACGAAGAAGAGUUUGCCAAAAAGCAUGGAGACUCGCUCUGGGAGUCCAACGACGAUUUGUACGAUUUCUUGGUCAAGGUGGAGCCUUCCCAGAGAGCAUACAGAGAGUUGGGGGUGAAUGCAGUGCUUACUGGACGUAGAAAGUCCCAGGGCGGCUCCAGAGCAACGUUACCAGUGAUUGAGGUGGAGCAGCUGAGCGGAAUCAUUAAGAUUAAUCCAUUGUGGAACUGGGAUUUUGCCCAGGUGAAGGCGUACAUCACGGAAAAUGCCGUUCCAUAUAACGAGUUGCUCGAUUUGGGGUACAAGUCCAUUGGCGACUGGCACCUGACGGUGGCUGUGGCUGAUGGAGAGGACGAGAGGUCGGGCAGAUGGAAGGGCAAGACCAAGACCGAGUGUGGAAUCCAUGAAACGUCCCGUUUUGCUCAAUAUCUUGCCAGCUCGGGCUCUGCCUAG